GAAAUAGGACAGAAAAAAAGAACGAAAAUGAUAACACCAAUUCUUCGGUAUUAGGCGGCUUCCGUGUAAAUUGGCGUGCAAUUUGUAAUCUGUACUGAAAGUAGAAUAUCAAGUGUGUCUCCUCAAUAGUGUAAGCAUAGGAUUUUGUAAGCCACAAUGUUAAACGCACUCGGUGUGAUUGUAUCCGGUCGAUUGGUUCAAACCGAUUUCCAGCAGAUAAGUGAUUCCCAUUUUCUAAUUACCAUCCCGGAUGCGGACAACGUGAACCAUGUAGUGGUGUUUCUCACCGGGACCACCCCGUUUCCGGACGGUAUGGCUGGUGGAGUCUACUUCAGCUGGCCGGAUCCGAACGCACCGCCCAACUGGCAGCUGCUCGGCUACAUUUCCAACACGAAACCGUCGGCUAUCUUUAAAAUAUCGCAGCUCAAGAAGCUGGACGAAAUAGCUGGCCAGUCCACGAUGAUGAACAACGUUUUCGGCAGCAAUCUGCCCAUCUCACAUAUCGCCCAGAUCGGUGUGUCAAUCGAGCCGGAAAGCUCGCUCGUGCAGCAAACGCCAUCGACGACAACGUCCAGCACGUACUACCAGUUCGGCCAGAAGAUAGUGGAGAACUUUUUCAACUUCGUUAGCAGCUUCUCGAUAACGCAAAGCCAAAUGACGCCGGCACCGAACGAAACGUUCGUGCCACUGUCGACGGUGCAAACGUGGUACACCAACUUCGAGCGGCGGUUGCAACAAAAUCCAAACUUUUGGAAAAACUAAAAAACGCGAUACGGGUUAGUGUGACAUGUUCGGAAUGGCCUUACGGGGUGGGUUGUUCUUUUCUUCGCGUCCCGGUUCCGAUAGGCGUCGCAUUGGAAGCAAACCGCAUCCUUCACUAAAAAAGCACUGGUUUUAAUCAUCCUCUAGCCUUAAAUGCCUACUUCGUUCUAGCAUCUUUAUUUCUUUUGUAAACAUUCAUCAAAAGCGUCAUUAAAUGCGAUAGAUUUUGUGUUGAUUUUCAGUAA